AACAAAGUUUGACUGUUAAUCGUAAGCAUGGCUGCUGCUGAGCCACUUGACGCAGAUUUGGCGCAGCAGCUGGAGGUUUGUUCUGUGCAACCUGAGCCAGCUGGCUUUGAAAGACCCAAUCACAGAAUUCCCUCAGACCCCUGAGUUCUUUAACAGACCGCCACAAAAACACYGGAGAAGCUGCAGAACAGGACAGGGAUCUUAUCAUGGUCAGAGUGCGCGCAAAAGGAGACCUGCUGUUAACAUUCMUCUGCGUGACUUUUGUUGAAACAACAUCCGCGCAAUAUGAGAACUACAGCUUCAGAAGUUUCCCCAGGGAGGAGCUCAUGCCCCUCACCGCCGCCUACGGACUGGCGCUGGACUUUUACGCCGCAGAAAACUGGACGGAGUCGAUCCGGCACCUGGAGUUAAGUUUGCGUCUGCGCCGUCUUCUGCAAGACUCGGUGCGGUUCUGUGCGGUCCUCUGCGACAGCGACCACAACGAGCCGUUCUCAGCCGCAGCUCCGGAUCUCCGAGCGUUCUGGCGCGUCCUGAGGACAGCCGGCUGUCUGCGGGGGUGCAGAGCGCAGCUCCCCGCCCUGCAGCUGCCGCCCCCCGGCAGGGAGAUUAUGGAAGAGUUCAACACCAGAUCUCCAUACAGAUUUCUACACUUUGCCUAUUCCCAGCUGAACGACCUGCAGAAGGCUGUCCCGUGUGCCUACACCUUCCUCCAAAGGAACCCAGGGGACCAGGUCAUGAGUCAGCUGAUGGAGGGGUACAAGAACGAGUACGACCUGGACGGUUACCUCAUCGACCAUGAAGAGCAGAGUUAUGAGGCCUCCUUUGUGAGAGGCGUGAAACUGGUGAGUUCGGGCAACUACAGCAGCAGCAUCGAAYCUCUUGAGGAAGCUCUGAGACUCUACCUGCAGGAGUACAAAUUCUGCCAGUCCGACUGCGAGGGGGUCAGCCAUUUCUCAUCGGACAAAGACUUCUACGCCCUCAUAGCAGAAGUCUACAUCAAYGCAUUAAAGUGUAAACUAAAGUGUGAGGAAAACUUGAGGCCUAACGUUGGCGGUUACUUUGUGGAGAACUUCGUGGCCACUAUUUACCACCACCUGCAGUACGCGUAUUACAAGUUAAACGACGGCCAMCGAGCAGUUCCCUGUGCGUACAGCUACUCUCUGUUCGAGCCAGAGGACGGGGUCAUGAAGCAGAACCUGCUGUACUAUAAAGCCCACAGUCAACAGUGGGGCCUUCAGCCGGACCACUUCACACCCAGACUGGAGGCUUUUAAACACUAUAAUUACACAGUGACUCUGAAGCAGAUGUGGAAACUGACAGAAAUGGACUUGAAGCUGGAUAUCGAGAAUUUUUUGGGAGCAGAAGAAGCUGCACCUUUGUCUUYGGAGUCUCCUGAUGCGGAGUUCAAAGGUUUUGGGGACUAUGAGGAGCCCAUCUAUGCCAGCUGGACACAGAUGAAAGGAAAAGGAGACAUUGGUGAAUCGGACAUCUGAAGAAAUCAGAGUGGAGCAGCAAGUCUUUGGAGUUUUACUUCUCCUGUCUGUUUUCAAUUAUUAAAUGUGAUGGCAACAUUAUUGUUGAAUAUGUUAAAACCACAUUUUGCUCUGAGAUUUAGCAUUUCAACCACAAUCAUCCAAACCGGGUGAGGUCAUCAACACGAGUCAUUCUGAUUGGCCAGUCAUUUGCAGAACAUGAAUGGACUGAACUUGGUGCUACAAUCCUUUGUAAUAUUUAAAUUUAAUUUUUUUAAUAUAUUUACAGUCAUGCCUUUUAUUCAUUGCAAACUUUUGGUCUGGAAGCUUCAAUUUCUAAGUGAAUCAUUCCCAUCCUCUCUGAACAAUAAAACAUAACAUUUC